CUGUGUUGUUGAAAUGGACCGAAGAGGAAAGAUGGACCACCUAGGGCAGCACGUGUCAUUAAGCCUGGGACGAGACAUAAUGGCCAUCGUAGCCGCGAGUCGAUUCUGGAAGGAAACCCGGGAUGUGAUGAUGAGGAAGUACCUGGUCACAGAGAAAAUGGCAACGGAGGCCGACUUAGCGGCAGUCCAAAGGAAGAACUUUGCAACGUACAACGACUUUCUACGAGAAUUUACCCUGGUAGCACUAAGGAUCCCCGGGGUUACGGACCGGAUAAUGAGUAAGUACUUCCUCAGACAGUUCUCCGAGUUCGACAAGGACAAGAUCCUAUCGGCUUACGCACAGACGAGCAAGUUUGUAAACACCAGGGAUGCUGAUUUCAGUACGGUAACGGAUCUGGCCGAGAAGACCGUAGUGACCGAGACAUUGGCCUUGCUCAAAGAAGGGGAGGUCAUAGAUCAGACUGGUAGGACAGGGGACAAGGUAAAAAAGGGGAUUGAAAGUCUACACGAACCCGUGCACGGAGUCAACAACAAGAUUGAAAGGAUGGAGAAUGCGCUGCUGGUUAUGCAGGCGCAAGUAUCCCAACCCGCCCUCCUUCCCCAGGAAGCCGUAGUUCCGCCGGGAGUAGCCAACCGAGGAUUCGGACGAAGAGAGUCCGCUAACGAGCAAUGCAAGUACUGCAUCGCGGUGGGACAUUUUGUGCGCGCAUGUCCUAAGCUCAACCACGAUAUACUAAAAAGGAGAUGUACCAGAUCAUUGAAGGGGGAGACAUUCGGACCGCAGGGAGAACGGGUGAAUUGGAACUCGCCAGGGGGAAUGCGGCAAGCCAUUAUCAUGCUCAAUGGGUUAGAGAUAACAGCAGUAGAGGUCGAGGCAGUGGUUGAUAUCAUCUGGGACCAACUCCGGGGCCGCGGGCCGCAGGUCAACUUUAUUCUGGAAAGCGACGGGCGCGAUAGGGUGAAUGCGACCACUCGACUAGGGACGACUGGGAGAAGGAUUAUCCGUGACAUCGUGAUGGAGGAGGUUGUUGGAGGCUCCGCGCCCCAGGCAGAGCCCGAGGCCGGGGAGCCCGAGAAAGUUUAUGGGAAGCCUAGGGAAGAAGAGCCCACAGACAAGGUCACCGCUGCUAAGAAAAAGUUUAGGUAUCAAAUCCUGAUCUUAACCAUGCCUGAGAUCGAUGAUACCCUUAGUAAAUUACUAGGAACCAUGGUGUCGGUGUCGUUUCAGACCAUUAUGCAGGAAGUAACAGGGAGCAUCCGGGGAGCCGGUGGUGAAAUUUUGUUCGCUGGGUAUGUCACGAAAUGUGCAGUCAAGGCAGGAAUCAGGGAGUCAAUCUGGUCAUCUCAGCGAAUGACCGUAAUGGAGGAAAUGGACCACGACAUAAUUCUCGGGAGACCAUGGUGCGCCAACGUAGAGAUGAUAGGAAUGCACUUGCACGAUGGCACGUACAUGGUAGAUAUAGAGGAUCCCGACAUCGAGGACUUACUCUGUCGGUUCCUGGUAUACAACAUCACGGUUAGUAGACCAAAGAGUAUUCUAGCAGUACCAGAAGUAACCAUACUAGGAUUCCGCUGUGGCGCAUACGGUAGGAAGCCAGAUCCGGCGAAGACUGACAAGAUAUCCCAAUGGCCAACACCUCUGCGCACGACAACGGAGGUAAGAGCAUUCUUAGGCGUGGUCGGCUUUUGGAGGACUUUCAUUAAAAGUUUUGCCAAAAUUGCUGAGCCUAUCCAGGCCAUGAUCACAGAAGAAGGGACCAUGGAUUGGACGGAGGAGCGAGAAGGAGCCAUUCAAACCCUCAAGGACAUACUGACAUUUGAGCAAGUCGCCUUAUCCGCACCCUGUUUUAAUGAUGGAGUGGGACGACCGUUCAUCCUAGAAACGAAUAGAGGACCCUUGGUCGUAGGAGGCCUACUGAUUCAAAGGGAUGAAGAAGGAAAGGAGAGACCAAUUAGGUUCGAAAAUAGGACCCUGAAUUCAGCAGAACGGCGAUACUCGCAGUUUAAGAAGGAGGUCCUAGCCAUUUUGCACUGCCUCAAGACCUUACAGGCCUACCUAUUUGGGAGGCGGUUCGUCCAAAGGAUCGAUCAGACGAAUGUCGCAGGGGCCUUAAAGAAUUACAGGCCUAUAAAUCCGACGGUGGGGAGAUGGGUAGGAUUUAUCUGGCAGUUCGAUUACAAGAUCGAACGAAUUGCUGGAAUCAGAAACAAGGCGGAUGGGCUUAGUCGGGUCUGCAUCACUCCUGAAGGGGUGGAGGAUGCGGAGCCCACAGAAGCAUUCCUUGAAUACGAAGGAGGAACUUUUGCGGUGGAUAACGAAAUGAUGGGCGAAGAAUGUGCGUCAGGAGAACUGUUGAUCCGGACUUUGGAAAAAGGGGCGCCUGCCGUAGUAGCGGAACUCAGAGAAGGACCAAUCAUCACUCAAGGUCGCAAAGAGGAGAAAGAUUCGUGGGGAGCAAUAGUAGGACCGAAGGAGGAAUUAGUAGUAGUGGCGGUUGAAGGAGGCCGGGAAGCCGUGAUGAGCCUAGUAGAAUCUUGGGAAAGGAAAGAGUUGCAGUGGAUGGUAAACCAGAUGCAGGAGAGAAAGGACGAGGACCAGGAAGGGAGGGAGUUUUUCUAUGCUCGGAUAUACGAAGGGAUUUUUCGGGAGAUUGGGUUGUUGCUGGUAGGAAACAAACAACCCAUGGAAAUCAGCGUUAAAGCAAGGGAGGAGGUCGAGAGGUACGUCCUAAGGGGUGGCCAUCUGUUCAGGAGGGAGGAAGGUGCUAUGCCUAGAAGAGUUGUGUGCGGGGGAUCUAGGCAGUUGGACGUUAUCCAGGCAAUGCACGACGGACUAGCAGGAGAACAUCGAUCGUCCAAAGGAACUCUUACGAAGAUAACGCUGCUCUAUUAUUGGCCAGGCAUGGCAGGUAUGGUCGCCACGUUCUGCCAGACCUGCCUAAUCUGCCAGGAACGGAGCUCGGCACGCGUCUUCGAGCCACUUAGACCAACGCGGGUGCUACGGUCGGGACAUCUGGUUCACCUUGACCUUGCGGUCAUGCCUGUAUCAACAGAUGGGUACAAGUAUAUCCUGGAUGCGCGAGACAACUUGAGUGGGUUUGUGGAGGCGGUCGCUCUCAAGAAAAAGACAAGGAGAAGUGUAGCAGAUUGGAUAAAAGACUUCUACUUGAGGCAUCCCUUCAUCAGGAGGUUUAUAGCGGACAAUGGGACAAAAUUUGUGAACCAAGAAGUGUUGGGAAUGCUGUAGAGGCUCUGCGUACCAAUCAAACCCAUCGAGCUAU